CAUGACCUAACAGUUGAGAUGCCGCCAUCGUCUAAAUAAGAUCUACUUUGCAAAAAGUGACAGAGAGAUACGUGUUUCUAACGAAUUUCUAACGAAAUUCUGCAGUUGCAAUCUCACGAUUGACAGAGCUUCAUGUUGUAAAACUCUGAUCGACUGUUGGUAUUGUUCCAUCAAACGGUUAACUAAGUCUGUUCUUACACUCGUCUUGCCUACAUACUGGGUCAAAAAAAUUGAUUGAAAAAAAAACUGUACAUCGUUGUGUGAAAUCCACGAAACCGCAAAUUGUGACGAAAAUUACUAUAUCAGAGUUGCGAAUCAUGACAUUAAUUAGACAUCAAUCGUAAUAACUUUAAUUCGAAACCUUAUAUUAUUUCUCACAUGUUAAUAUGGUAAAAAUGACGCAUCAUAUAGCACCCUUUGCAGGAGUAUCUAUGUGUUCAACAAAGCAUAAAGUAAAUUUGCUGCAUAAAGUCGACAGCGGAGUUACUUGGCAUGUCCAGUCGGAGAAAAUGAAACGCCUUCAAAAUCAAAACAAUAUAAUUAAAACCAAUCCUCUCCUAAAAACGAUGGAAAAUGAAUUUAGGAAUAAGAAUGAUAUGAACACAACAUUGAAAAGUAUAAAAGCACCUGAAAUCUCGAUAGUUCCUGUGAGGAUAUCGAACGAAGAAAAUGAUGCUAAUCUACUGCCUUCAAAAAUACAAGACAAAAAAUCGGAAAUUGUCCUGUUUCCCAUUCAAAAGAAACAAUGCGGUCACUAUGAACCAUGUGAAAACAUUAUUUGCGAAGUAAUGGUGCAGCAAUACGUGGAAAAUGACGAGGCAUCACCGAUGUUAGCAGUAAGCAUAGAAGAAGACGAAAUAAACGCGCCAGUUACGAAGCACUGCGAGAACAAAUAUUGUGAUGCAUUGAGUAUCGACCACAAUCGUUGUCGUCAAGUAUUAAUAAAGUUAUAUAGAUGCGAUAAAUCUUAUAAGUGUGACAUUUGCGAGAUCGUGUUAAAAAACUGGAAAUCUCGGUUACGUCACAAGGAUUGCACAAGACAAGACGAAUAUAUACAUAACAAUGUGAACAGAAGGGAUUUGUUGAGGGAGAGAAUGCGCGAACGAGAGCUACAGAUCUUGGAAAUUGUAAAAAUGAAAAGGAACGAUUAUUCAGAUCCCGCUAAAGCGAUAGAAACCUUGCAGAAGAAUGACGAACUGAUAGUUAUCCCGAAAACAGCGCCUAGUCAACAACCGAUCAUCACUAUAACUUCGAUACCUGGUCUCCAGUCGACUAAUCUGUCUAAAAUUCAACCCAUCAAAAUUAAUUCAUUGAAAAAUGAUAUCACAAAUCUCUUUAGAAAUGUUUCCUUCACGGUUACAUCACAAAAUACCACAAAUUGCGGCACGUCACAGCCGGUGGAAAGUAAAAUGCAAUCAUUGCAGAUAAGUCAAAUAAAUUUAUCAAAUCUGCAACGGAACACAUUCGUGACUUCGACCCCUGCCGCAACUCCUGGUCCUGUUGUUAUUCCUACACCUACUGUCAUUUCUAUUCCCACUACUAGUUCUACUUCUGCCAUUCCUACUUCUUCUAUUCCCGUUCACGCUACCAUCCCCGUUUCCAUUCCUGUGGUGUCUCAACAGAAUAAAUACGUUCGUCUCGCAACUCCGGCUCAAGGUAACACCACCGGUCAACCCCUAACAGGAUGGAUCGUAUCGCCGACGCAAACCCCAACGAAUGUUUUAUCGACCACGCCGAUUCAACUUAAGCCGGUCUUAGCGCCUAUACGCGUGAUGCCUAUAACAAAAUUAAUAACCGCUCCGUCAUUGUUACAUCGCACACAAGGUAUCCCUAAGUUUUGCAUCAUGGCGAUCCAGAAUCCAACGACCGUUCAACAACCUUCUGCAGUUACUGUUAAUACUACGUCACAAGAAAAGACCGACAAGAAAAAUGAAACAUCAAAAGUUCAAUUGCACUUCAACAGUUUUCCUAAAAUUAACAGCAACGUCAGUUUGUUUCAAAAGAAGGAGAAAAGGACUUUUUCUUGCUCCUACUGUGGGAAAAGCUUUACCACUGACUGGUAUUACAAGAUGCAUGUCGCGAGACACGAAGGUGAAGACAAUUUAAACUGCAAAAAGUGCGGAAAAUGUUUUAGCACUCUUGAAUAUAAGGAGAAGCACCUUUUUAAGUUUCAUUGUUCAAGGUGCGACUAUAUUUAUAAAUCACACGCCGAUAGAAUAGACCAUCAUAAAAACGUCCAUUAUAAAACGUGCGUAAGUAAAUCUGUCAAAUCGAUAAAGCGAAAGCUACAGGCAAAGGAUGUAAAUCCUACUAUUAACAAUAUACCCGAGAAAAUUAUCAAGAAAUCCAGAAAUAGCCCUAAAAAAAAUAAAGAAGUAUCUGUUAAUGGAAAAACGACAGAAGACAAUGACGAGUCCCUUAAAAGUACAGGUAUUGAAAAGUGUGAUAACAAGGAAUUAACGAUUAAAAAAGACGAUAAUACAAACAUGAAUGGACACUCUUUCGGUUCUGUAGAAGAAAAUAUCGAUUCUGAAAAUUUCGAACAAGAAAUAGUUGUUUCGUGUUGAUGAAACGU